GCUCCUUGACACUAUUAACCGCCAUGUGUCCAAUCCUUCUCAUAAGCGCACACGAAACCAAAGUCCGGGUUUCUUGAAGCGGCUACACUUCAUGCUUACGUAGGCCGAAUCUUUUAUUCGUGUACCCGCAUAAUACACUUUGUCAAAGAUUCAAUUAAGAAGUUUUGAACUUCAUCCUCUUCUCUCAUGCAGGAUAACAAGCACAUACCUCGGGAUGACAAAUUUUGUGCUUCAAUUUCUGAUAAUAAGCUUUCCACACUGAAUUCAGCCUCUAACGUUGUAUUAGAGGGGAAUUGGGUGUCCCAUUACCAGAAAUUAUAUGGACUUUAAUCCAUCCCUUUCACAGACUUAAUCACCAAGUCACUAGUUAACCACUUCGUCAAAUGAUCAACCAAAUUAAUUCGAGUUUGGUCAUACUGUCUAGACACAACACUAUGAAUGAUCAGUUCACAGCUUUUAUCGUGCCAUACUCCCACGACCGUACUUAUCAUUUUCACUUGACUAUAUGCCUUAGCCAAAUUAGCAUUACUAUCACAAAAGAUAGUAAUAGGUGAGAUUGGUUUAGGCCAUUGAUAGACCGUCAUUUACACAUGUUUUUACCCCCAUUCUUACACCGUUUGAGGUGUUGAUUCUCGUGUUUUAGGCCGAUUUCACGGUAGGUUGUGCUUGUUUGUGAUAUUUCAGGUCCUAGGACGUGAAUGAAGGCUUAGGAGCGAGUCUGGGGUCGAUUGGACGAGGAUCGGACGCAUGGCGAGGUUCUGAGGAAGUCGCACGGGCACACCCACAACCCGCACGGCCGUGCAAGUGACCAGUUUGGCCGUGCGGGAUCGUGCGUGGGCACGCACGGGAUUGUGCGUGGCCACGCACGGCCGUGCAAGUGACCAGUUUGGCCGUGCGGGAUUGUGCGUGGGCACGCACGGGAUUGUGCGUGGCCACGCACGGCCGUGCUACAUACAAUUCUGGCCGUGCGAGUUGGCUGAGGUUCAACUAAUUGAUACGCCGCGUUUUGAGGUGCACGGCCAGAAUGGUGAUGUGCACGGCCGUGCACCCUGGCCGUGCGAGUCGGGAAUGGCUGUUUUUAACCCAAAUUCGAGCCAAAGGAGAGGGAGAGCUGGGUUUUGGAUCCCAAACACCCAAGGGACGAACCAAAGAGAGAGAGGGCGAUUUGAGGGCAUUCUUGGAGUGGAGUUGGAGGAUUUCUUCGCCUUGGAAGCUCGAGGAACAAGCCCGGACUUGAAGACUGAUCAUCUGAAGAUUCUUACUGCAUUCUCUCUCUUCUCUAUGGAGUAACUUCCCUUCACUUAGGUUUUGAGGAACCCUAGCUAUGUUUGUUUGAUUGGAUGAUUGUAUGAGUACUCUGACUGGAUAAUCUUGAGUUCAUAUUCAAUCUAUGCAUGUUUUCAUGAUUCAAUUCUGCUUUAGUCGAGAUUAUUGAUUCUGCUUUGAUUCUAUGAGAGGGAAUACCUGAUUAGGUCAAUAGAGCACCAUAGAUUGAUAGUAGUGGAUCGAGUGCUUUAGUCGAGGGUUGAUUCACUGCUUUGUAUCGAUUGAGAACCCCUUUCGUUAGAGGGAGUCUAGUUCAGAACGCCUUGAUCAGUUGUUCUAGAGAAGGAUACGUCCCUCUAGGCAAUUGACUCAAGAGGGCCUUGUUCCUUUAGUCGAGACUCAAGGUCUAGUCAAGGAUUCUCCGCAUUGUGAAUGAAAGUGAAACAGGUUAGAGAUCAUCAAUCGUUAAUCUGGCUAGUGGCUAGGGGGAAUCAUACCUAAGUGAGUUCCCAACCUGUAAUUAGAUUAACUUUAACUGUAGUUUGCUAGAGUAGUUUUAGUUCUUUCAUCUUAAUAUGGUUUGCUAAAUAAUAAACUGAAGCUGAGUAAUAGUAACUCUAGAGACCCGUGGAUUCGAUAUUUAUCACUUGAGCCACUAUACUGCAGUCCCUUCCAUUGGUUACACUUGGCCAUUGUUAGGUGUUGUGUUUUAGCGAGUCAAGUUUUUGGCGCCGUUGCCGGGGACUUUCUAGAGUAUUAGGAAAGGCAGAAGUUUGUUACUUUAGCGUUUUUCGUUUCUUUUCUUUUCCACCCUUGCUUUUCACUUGGGUGUUUUUGUUUUUGUUGGUGCAGAUCUGAAUCAUGGAUCCUAAUGGCUUCUCCAAUCAUUGGGGGUAUCCACCACCAUCUGGGUGGUAUUACCCCGAGACUCCGUGGAGCAAUCAAGGCGGAGAAGACUAUGGAUUCGGGUUCCAGUACCAACCCCCUUACUACGGAGAACAACCGGACCCCUGGGCAUAUCAAGAACAACCUCAUUAUCAAGAAGAAUUUCUCCCACAACCAGAAGGGCCAUCAGCACUGGAGUUACUCAUGGAGCAGUUUGCUCGAGACUGUGAGAGAACAUGCUCCAGGAUGGAUCAGUGUGUCCAGGCCUAUCGUGAAACAGAUGAGAUCCUCCUGAGCCUUAAGAAGAGCGUCGAUGAUCUUGAGCGAUCUUGGGCGCAACCUGCUCCAGAUCACCCUUCUGCUACCAUACAAGAAGAGGAGGAGGAAGAAGAAGGCUACAAGGGCAUUGUGGAACACACUGAAGUUGUCACGGAGAGCUCCCGUGAUGAUCAUGAUCAGGCCUGUCAUGUCGUAGCCGACCUCACCUUCCCACACCCCAAACUGAGCUUUGAAGAGGCGGGCAUGAGUGAGGAGAUGCAAGAAGAUCUCAUGAAAGAAAUUGCUUGGCAACUUGCUCUCCAAUCCGUGCUAGAAGAAGAAGAGCAAGAAAGGGUGCAGAAAGAAGUUGUGGAGGAUGACGAAAGUGAAGCUGGAGGAGUUCUUGAUCAUUUCCCAGGGGUGAUACCACAUGAAGAAGGAAGGGAGGUUGAAGAGGCGAUUGGCGUCCAGGCUGAGGACGAAGUUGAGGUGGAAGAGGCUUGCACCGGCCAUGAGUUACAUGUGAUAUCUCCACCAAACUUCGAGGAACUGCUUAGCAAGGACCCAUUUGCAGUGUCUCUUUGCCAGACCAAGGCCACAUCGACAUCGGUCCCUCUUGGUGGACGCGAUGGUGGCCAAUCGAUGUUGUCAUAUCUGGUUUGGGGCAAUGAGACGAGAGAAGAGAAGAAGAGGUCUCGAGGGUGGAGACUUCAUCUGCAUCAAGUACAUGAGCCUUCAUCACCUGCCACACCACAUGCUCGUGACUUGAGACUCCACCUCAUCGACGAGAACCUCAACUUCAAGGAGGUUCUAGCAUGGACCGAAACUUAGGAGCCAUCGUCCGGCUCACGACGUGAAAGAAGCGCUUGUUGGGAGGCAACCCAACCAGUCGGUUUGCAUCUCUUUCUCUAUUUCUCCUCGGUUGAGUCAGUUUUGUUAUUUGAUUUUAGAGUCAAUAACUCAACCUUUGUGAGAUUUUGUGUGGUGUUUGUGUUCUGAUUACUCUCUCUUUCUGGAAUGCACCGCCUGACCCGUUCAUCAUCAUUCACCCUUGAUCUGGUAACUUCGUUCUACCCUCCUUAUCUUUCCUCCAUUGAGGACAAUGUCGUGCUUAAGUGUGGGGGGAUGUUCGAUUAUGUAUGCGGGUGAAUGUUUGGCUGUUUGUGUGCUUGGAGCCUAGUCCACUGUCCAAAUUUUUAAAUUUGAGGGCUCCAAGUACGUGUUUCCUUGCAAUUGCCUGCUCAGUAUGCUUUGAAUUGACAGUCUUUAUAGUGAUAUGCAACCUAGGGAGGUAGUGUAGCACUAUGGAGGAUGUUGAUGCAUUUAAGGAAUCUCAUUUCUUCUUCAUAUCGUGUUGGUUGAUUGAGUGAAUUAGUGAUUUUAGGACCCUUGAAUUGUGUGGUGUUGUGGAUUUCUACCUGUCAUGGACUCUUGUAUCAUGUUUUGAAAAUAGCAGGUGCUCGAAAAUGUGCUUCAAAAUAACGUCUCCCGUGCGAAUAGGGCGAAAGUGUGUAAGGGGAGACGGGAAUUCGUUCCCAAUUUCCACCUACUACCUCCAGCCCCCUUACAUGUCUUUCCCCCGCACGAGGCUCGAGACAUCCGCUCCUGGCAUGGCCGGUAAGAGCAGGUUGGGACCCUUGAAAGAAAAAAAAAAGGAAACAAAUAACAGAAAACAAGCAAAACAGAAAAAAAAAGGGUCUCAACCAUCUUCAAGAAGAAAAUAGAGCACCUUGAAAAAUGUGAGUCCAUGAUCUUUUGUUUUUGAGAAUCUCUUCAUCCACAAUUCAUUUGUCCUCUGUUCACUAUUUGCCAUGAUGCCGACUCGAUACUAGUGCUCUCGCCGAAGAAGCUAUGAGAUGACUUGUGUUUCGGUUGACCUCGUAAGUUGCUAAAUGAUCUAGGAAGUCCUCUACCUACGAUCUGGGGUGUUUGUUGCUAUAGAGGUCUGGAGAGUUGCAUUGGUUUGAGUUAGGUUUGCUUGGGGACAAGCAAACGGUUAAGUGUGGGGGAGUUUGAUAGACCGUCAUUUACACAUGUUUUUACCCCCAUUCUUACACCGUUUGAGGUGUUGAUUCUCGUGUUUUAGGCCGAUUUCACGGUAGGUUGUGCUUGUUUGUGAUAUUUCAGGUCCUAGGACGUGAAUGAAGGCUUAGGAGCGAGUCUGGGGUCGAUUGGACGAGGAUCGGACGCAUGGCGAGGUUCUGAGGAAGUCGCACGGGCACACCCACAACCCGCACGGCCGUGCAAGUGACCAGUUUGGCCGUGCGGGAUCGUGCGUGGGCACGCACGGGAUUGUGCGUGGCCACGCACGGCCGUGCAAGUGACCAGUUUGGCCGUGCGGGAUUGUGCGUGGGCACGCACGGGAUUGUGCGUGGCCACGCACGGCCGUGCUACAUACAAUUCUGGCCGUGCGAGUUGGCUGAGGUUCAACUAAUUGAUACGCCGCGUUUUGAGGUGCACGGCCAGAAUGGUGAUGUGCACGGCCGUGCACCCUGGCCGUGCGAGUCGGGAAUGGCUGUUUUUAACCCAAAUUCGAGCCAAAGGAGAGGGAGAGCUGGGUUUUGGAUCCCAAACACCCAAGGGACGAACCAAAGAGAGAGAGGGCGAUUUGAGGGCAUUCUUGGAGUGGAGUUGGAGGAUUUCUUCGCCUUGGAAGCUCGAGGAACAAGCCCGGACUUGAAGACUGAUCAUCUGAAGAUUCUUACUGCAUUCUCUCUCUUCUCUAUGGAGUAACUUCCCUUCACUUAGGUUUUGAGGAACCCUAGCUAUGUUUGUUUGAUUGGAUGAUUGUAUGAGUACUCUGACUGGAUAAUCUUGAGUUCAUAUUCAAUCUAUGCAUGUUUUCAUGAUUCAAUUCUGCUUUAGUCGAGAUUAUUGAUUCUGCUUUGAUUCUAUGAGAGGGAAUACCUGAUUAGGUCAAUAGAGCACCAUAGAUUGAUAGUAGUGGAUCGAUUGCUUUAGUCGAGGGUUGAUUCACUGCUUUGUAUCGAUUGAGAACCCCUUUCGUUAGAGGGAGUCUAGUUCAGAACGCCUUGAUCAGUUGUUCUAGAGAAGGAUACGUCCCUCUAGGCAAUUGACUCAAGAGGGCCUUGUUCCUUUAGUCGAGACUCAAGGUCUAGUCAAGGAUUCUCCGCAUUGUGAAUGAAAGUGAAACAGGUUAGAGAUCAUCAAUCGUUAAUCUGGCUAGUGGCUAGGGGGAAUCAUACCUAAGUGAGUUCCCAACCUGUAAUUAGAUUAACUUUAACUGUAGUUUGCUAGAGUAGUUUUAGUUCUUUCAUCUUAAUCUGGUUUGCUAAAUAAUAAACUGAAGCUGAGUAA